AUGCCUGCCCUCUCCCCAACCAUGACGGAGGGUAGCAUCGCCAGCUGGAAGGUCAAGGAGGGCGAAUCCUUCUCCGCCGGCGACGUGCUCCUCGAGAUCGAGACGGAUAAGGCCACCAUGGACGUCGAGGCUCAGGACGACGGCGUCAUGUUCAAGAUCACCACCGGUGACGGCGCCAAGGCCGUCCAGGUCGGCACCCGUAUCGCCGUCAUCGCCGAGCCCGGUGACGACCUCUCCUCUCUCGAGGUUCCCGCUGAAGACAACACCUCCUCCUCGAAGCCCGCCCCCGCCGCCGAGAAGCCAGCACCCAAGAGCGACGGUCCCGCGGCGGCGUCGACCCCCUCGCAGCAAAAGGGCGGCGCGGCCAAGACUUCCGGCUCCAAGGCCCGCGAGCAGCGAUACCCACUCCUCCCCUCCGUCCAGGCCCUCGUCAACGGCCACGGCCUCGACAAGGACGCCGUCAACCAGAUCGAGCCCACGGGCCCCAACGGCCGCCUCCUCAAGGGUGACGUCCUCGCCUACCUGGGCACCAUCAACGCCGAAACUCCCUCCAAGAUCAUGGACCGCGCCGUCAAGAUGUCCCACCUCGACCUGAGCAACAUCAAGGUCGCGCCUAAGAAGGAGGCCCCCGCUCCCGCCCCCAAGAAGGCCGAGGCCCCCGCCGCGCCUGUUGACUCCGAGGUCGCCCUCCCCGUCUCCCUCGCAAAGGUCCUCGAGGCCCAGAAGCGCAUCCAGUCCACCCUUGGUGUCUUCAUGCCCGUCUCCACCUUUGUCGCCCGCGCCGCCGAGGUCGCCAACGACGACCUGCCCCCCUCGGCCCGCAAGGCCACCGCCGACGAGCUCUUCAACCAGGUCCUCGGCCUCGACAAGCUGGCACCCCGCGGCUCGCGCGGAUACUACCUGCCCCAGAUCUCCGCCCUGCCCGAGUCUUCACUCCUGGCUCCCCGCGCGUCCAAGAGAUCGUCCUCGGCUGAUAUUAUCGACCUCCUCGCCGCACCCGCCAAGAACGCUGCUGCUAAGAAGCCGGUCGCUGCUGCUGCUGCUCACCAUACCCCUGGCAUGUCGUCAGGAAGCAACCUGUUCACCGUGACGGUGCCGCAGGGCGAUGAGAAGCGCGCCAAGGUGUUUUUGGAGAGGGUCAAGGUGAUUUUGGAGGAGGAGCCUGGCAGACUUGUUCUGUGA